AUCUGAGUGGAGUGGAGGAAUAGGAUAAUGGUAUGGCUACCAAGACAUUGUUAUCACCACAUCCCUUCUCUCUGCCUUCCAAAUUCAGCUCUCACCACCACCACCGCCACCACCACCACCCCCACCACCAGCAGCAGCCAUGGCUAGCUCCCCGUCCAAGUCCAAUCCACAUGAUGAGACUGGGACUGUCUCCUCGACUAUCCCUCCAAGAUGUUGUAGAAUUAGAACCCAUGUAUGUCUCUUCUACCCACCAAAACUUGGCUAAUUCUUUGUUUUUGGUAGCAGAGAGUAGUGGGGGGUAUUCCCUGGCUAGCUACUACACUUCCCUUGGCCUCUUUGUCAUUUCCGUUCCUGGCCUUUGGUCCCUUAUAAAACGCUCUGUUAAAUCCAAGAUAAUUCAGAAGACAUUCAUAGGGGAAGGAGAAAAAAAUAAGGCACCGAAUCAGGUUGCAGGUGAAAUCUUAUCAUUCUUCACUCGCAACAAUUUCGUAGUUACUGAUAGAGGAGACACAAUCACGUUUGAGGGAAUGAUGGUUCCAAGCCGCGGCCAAGCUGCAUUGCUCACUUUCUGCACCUGCAUCAGCCUUGCCAGCGUUGCCCUUGUGCUCACCAUAACACUCCCAGAUGUUGGCAAUAACUGGUUCUGGCUCACCAUUCUGAGUCCCUUGGCAGGAGCAUACUAUUGGAAAAGAGCAUCAAGAAAGGAGCAGAUCAAGGUUAAGCUGUUGGUUGCGGAUGAUGGAACCCUGUCUGAGAUCAUUGUUCAGGGAGAUGACCAGCAAGUAGAUGAAAUGAGAAAAGAACUCAAGCUCAGCGAGAAGGGAAUGGUCUAUGUCAAGGGCCUCUUUGAGAGAUGAGAAGGCUAUAUAUGUCUCUACUUCUAAGUCUAGUCUAGUUCCGUACCAACAGGAUGUAUGAGAUCAUAUUCCCUGUGAAUUAAAUUCACAAUUCUCAG